AUGGUGGUCGAUUCAACAUAUUAUGAUUUGCUGGGAAUAUCGGCAACAGCCACCGAGCUUGAGAUAAAAAAAGCUUACCGCAAAAAGGCUAUACAACACCACCCUGACAAAAACAAGGAUGACCCUACGGCGGCAGACCGCUUUAAGGAGAUCGCAGAGGCAUAUCAAGUGCUGAGCGAUAAAGAGCUUAGAGGCAGAUAUGAUAAGUACGGAAAGGAGCAGGCGAUACCGAAGGAAGGGUUUGAAGAUCCGAGCGAGUUCUUCGGGAUGAUCUUUGGAGGCAGUGCUUUUGCUGACUAUAUAGGUGAACUGACUCUUUUGAAGGAUCUCAGCAAGACGUACGAGAUGCAAGCUGAUGAUGAGGAGACAGCUCCUGAGUCUGCGAAGGCUGGUGAGAGUUCAAAUCCGGGAAACUCAACCGAGGGAGCCAAGACGUCAAACUUUUCUGAAGAGUCACACGAGACUACACACGUGGAACAGACGGCUUCGACCUUCACAACCAGCAGACCGGGUCUGACCAUUGCUGCAGGUGAUGGAACUGAAUGUGGGCCUCAAAUGACUGAAGAAGACCGCAAGAAAGCCAUCGACCUUGAAAGAAAGAAGAAGAAAGAAGAGGAGAUCGCCCAGUAUGAAGAAGAGUGCAGAAUCAAGAAGGAAGAAAUGGUGGCCGAGCUGUCACAAAAACUCAUCAGUCGGAUUUCCCUAUGGACAGAAACCGAUAAAGCAAAUGAUGUUACCAAAUCGUUCACCGAGAAGCUACGGUACGAGGCAGAAGUACUAAAGAUGGAGUCUUUUGGGCUUGAGAUUUUACACACCAUCGGGUCGAUAUACCGCUCCAAGGCUAAAACUUUCCUUAAUAAGCAGAAGUUCUUGGGAAUCUCUGGAUUUUUCUCGUCGAUAAAAGAGAAAGGCGGAGUUGUGAUGGACACUUUCAGGACGAUCUCUACUGCGUUGGAUGCCCAGAGCACGAUGAAUGAGUUGUCUAAGAUGCAGGAACGUAAAGAAACUGCUGCGAAGCUGGAGCUCGAACGUGAAGAGAAGGAGAGGAUCAAGGCCGAGAAGAUUGCUCGCGGGGAACCGGUAGAAGAGGAAGAACCAGUUGAGGACGCCGUUAAGGAAGAGCCCAAAAAGGAAGAAGAGCCCAUUCCCACGGACGAGGAUAUCGCCGAAAUGGAGAAGAGACUUCUGGGAAAGGUGCUGGCGGCUGCUUGGAAGGGCUCUCAGUUUGAGAUUUCUGGAACUGUGAGAGGAGCGUGUGACUCAGUUCUUUACGAUAAGUCUGUUUCGUUGGAGAAACGCAUAGAGAGGGCUCGGGCCUUGAUCAUGAUUGGUGAUAUCUUCUUGGGAACGGAAAGGUCCUCCGGAGAGCAAGAAGAGGCUCGGAUCUUUGAGGAGUUAGUGGCAGAGGCUUCCGAAAAAAGGGCAAGAAAGUGA